AAUUUGCAUGAGUUAGCGGGUGAUAGGAGGGAUUGUCUAUUAAAAUAUAAGAUGAAUGGAGUUUAAUCCACUUUUAAAAUCCCUGCCCUUUAAUAUCAUUCUCUGGACCGGAAAAAUAUGCACUGUAACCAUAAAAUCGUUGUUUUUGUUCUUUAAAUCGAUAUUUCGAACAUCUACUGAUAUUUAUGCAAACGUUCAAGAUAACUUAAACAAACCUUAUGAACAUAUCCUAAUACUGGGACCGAGGAACUCUGGAAAGAGUAGCCUCUUAUAUCGCAUUAAAUUAUCGGAAUUUAUCACUAUAGCAUCUACAUCUUCUACAGUUGAAGAAAAUUGUGAAAUCUGCAAGUACUGUAUGAUGUCCGCGAGGGACUGUGGUCAUGAUGACUUGCAAGAUUAUGAUAAAUUCUAUAUAAAACUCUAUGAGCCAGGAUAUAACGAUUCUGUAUCUGUACAUCAAGAAUAUAUGCAGAUUUGCGACAAAAUUAUAUACGUGAUCGAUUCCGUCGGUGAUUUUCAUUACAGAACAGUCCAAGAAGAGAUAAUAACUCUCAUAUCGGAACAUCGCUACCGCAAAUCUAACCCAAAAUAUGUCAUCUUUAUAACGAAAAAGGAUAUCUUUGGAGGCGCUACUGUACAAACUCUCAAAGAAGCACUAAAGGUGCCAAAGGAUCUUGAAAACAGAUUUAUUAUUCUUCAGGGGAGCGCCCUAACCGGCGAUGGAAUCUCAAAGGUUCUUGAAUUUCUGCUUGUGGACACUAAUCCCGAGACAAAUGGUGAAAAAUCGGAUUUAAUUACUCUAUAGU